UUAUUUUUUUUCGCAUGUCACAACAUAACCUUAGUUAACAUCGUGACUGUUUUCAAAUUAAAUCCAAACACACGUGGAGUAUUGGUUACUGUGUUUAUUUAUUGAGUUUAAGUGCUGUAUGUAAUACUAUUUUUCAUGAAUUAUACAGUUUUUCACGCUUUCUGUUUCAUCUAACUAUGUUUCCAGUUUCCAGAUACUACGGAGAUGAUGAAAACCAAAAUUGCAGUGGCGAUGAAGUUGUGGAGAAGAAUAUGCGUAGACUUUUAUCCAAAAUAAAGCUUCGUUCUGAAAAAUUGGAAAAAACUAACAAUGAUUCUACAAGUAGUAAAAUUGUUGCAAAACCUGAAAAUCACAGUCAUACCACAGUGCUAGAUGAAGAUUCUUAUAUUGAGAAAUCUAAAGUGAAGAAAAAACGGAAGAAACACAAUGUGGUAGGAGGUCAAAAUGAAGUGCAAAUUAAUACCAAUGAUGUGGAAAUGGUUGACAGACUGAAUGUUACUAGUGAGACACCUAACAGAGGGGAUGAUUCUAGUGGUGAAGCAGAGGACUUUGGUACGAGUGAACAUACAACAGACGUUUCACAAGUUUUCCCUGUUAUUGGGGAUUUUAAAUUUAAAAAGAAAAGUAAGGUGAAAAGAGUCCUACCCGAAUGGUUAGCCAAACCUUCUGUCAUUUCAGUUGACCUGAAGAAUCUUGUAGUGUCUGUUGAUGAUAUUCCUGGACUUGACGAGAUAUUUCGAAACAACUUAAAGAAGAAAAAUAUUUUGCACUACUUUCCAGUUCAGGCCCAGGUGAUCCCGUGGCUGUUGGAUUCCAUGGAACGUUCCUUGCAGUUCCCGCCUUGUGACAUCUGUGUGUCGGCUCCUACAGGAAGUGGCAAGACUCUGGCCUAUGUACUUCCUAUCCUGCAGGCACUGAGGAGCAGUAGGACAGGUCAGAUACAAGCUCUAGUGGUGUUACCUGUACAAGAUCUUGCAGCCCAAGUGGCUUCAGUCUUCCACUCCUACAGUACGGGCUCAGGGCUGAAGAUCCAUCUCUCCUCUGGGAGCCUGCCUCUACCGGAGGAUAGAACAAAACUGCUCAGGCAAAGAUUAGGAGUGGGAUGGGAAUGUUUGGUGGAUAUUCUUGUGACAACUCCUGGGCGGCUGGUGGAACAUCUGUAUUCGACUCCAGGUUUCUCCCUCGGACAUCUCCGUUACUUGGUCAUUGACGAGGCUGAUAGAAUCGUGGACAACAUACAGAACAAUUGGCUACACCACCUGGAUCUGCACAUUACUAGUUGCCCCUUGCUGACUCUACACAACUUAAACACUCUGCCCAGGAGACCCCAGAAGCUGUUGUUCUCUGCCACACUAAGUAUAGAUCCAGAGAAACUCAGCCAACUGAACCUGUUUCAGCCCCGGCUCUUCACUUCAGUGGUAGAAGCCACCAAGGAUCAGGGUGGAGAGGGAGAAUUUAUAGGCAAGUUCACAACACCAGCCGAGCUACAGGAACACAUGGUCAGGUGUACACAGGUUGUCAAGCCUCUAGUGCUGUACAGACUAAUUACACGUGAGGGCUGGCGUCGCGUGUUGGUCUUCACACACAGCAGCCGUACAGGCCAUCAACUAACUGGUGUAUUGGCAACCUUGGCCCACAAUACCCAGCAGCCUUUCACUGUUGCUGAGAUAUCUGCAGAGUGCUCGCCCAAGACCAGGGAAGCCACCUUGCUCAGAUUUGCUGCUGGGAACAUUGAUGUGUUGGUGAGCACGGAUGCACUGGCACGAGGUAUGGAUAUCCCCGAUGUGUGCUGCGUAGUGUCUUACGACAUGCCCAAGUAUAUCAAGGGCUACAUACACCGCGCAGGACGCUCAGGUCGCGCUGGACAACCCGGCCUGGCUGUCACCAUGGUUACUCACACACAGGUGGGGAUAUUCCAGCAAAUGCUCCAAACAGCUGGAAAACAAGGUAAUGUGACGGAAUUGGUUGUUGAUGAAGAGGAACUGAAAUUGCUUGAAGAACCGUAUAAAGAGGCAUUAAAAGAACUAAAAACUUUAACUCAGGGUGAACAAGAGAAGCAGUUGCAAAAGACUAAAUCACUGAAGAGAGUGACGUCAUCAAAACUCAUGUCAAGGAAAAGAAAAAAGAAAAAUAAUGGAAAUACGAGUAGUUCAAAGAAAAUUAAAACAUAAGUCUGUUACUGUU